GGCGGGGGCGGGGCCAGGGCCCGGGCCCGGCGGGUCCAGCACGAUCCCCCUCGGCCGCCGCCGCCGCCGCUGCCGCCGCCACAGCCGCCGCCAUCAUGGAGGACAAGGUGUUCACCAAGGAGCUGGAUCAGUGGGUGGAGCAGCUGAACGAGUGCAAGCAGCUGAACGAGAACCAAGUGCGCACGCUCUGCGAGAAGGCUAAGGAGAUCCUCACAAAAGAAUCCAACGUGCAAGAGGUUCGAUGCCCCGUCACUGUCUGCGGUGAUGUCCACGGCCAAUUUCAUGACCUGAUGGAACUCUUUAGAAUCGGCGGGAAGUCGCCAGACACAAACUAUCUGUUUAUGGGCGACUAUGUGGACAGAGGUUAUUACUCAGUGGAGACCGUGACCCUUCUUGUAUCAUUAAAGGUGCGCUAUCCCGAGCGGAUCACGAUCCUGAGAGGAAACCACGAGAGCCGGCAGAUCACACAAGUGUACGGCUUUUACGACGAAUGCCUGCGGAAGUACGGCAAUGCCAAUGUUUGGAAGUACUUCACUGACCUGUUUGAUUAUCUCCCACUCACAGCUUUAGUAGAUGGACAGAUAUUUUGCCUCCAUGGUGGCCUUUCUCCAUCCAUUGAUACACUGGAUCAUAUCCGAGCCCUUGAUCGUCUGCAAGAAGUUCCACACGAGGGCCCGAUGUGUGACCUGUUGUGGUCCGAUCCCGAUGACCGUGGUGGAUGGGGUAUUUCUCCACGAGGGGCUGGUUACACAUUUGGACAAGACAUUUCUGAAACAUUUAACCACGCCAAUGGCCUCACCCUGGUUUCCCGUGCUCACCAACUUGUGAUGGAGGGGUACAACUGGUGUCAUGAUCGGAACGUGGUGACCAUUUUCAGCGCACCCAAUUACUGCUACCGUUGUGGGAACCAGGCUGCUAUCAUGGAACUAGAUGACACUUUGAAAUAUUCCUUCUUGCAGUUUGACCCUGCACCUCGUCGUGGAGAGCCCCAUGUCACGCGGCGCACCCCAGACUACUUCCUAUAAACAGCUUUGGAGAAAACCUAUGAAAAAUACCUGGAAGUAUACCUGGCAUCUUUUUUACAAAGUGAUGAGAAUAGAUGUGUUUGUGUAACAAAUUGGGAUCUGUGUCUGCAUCAGUGCCCAUCAUGGACCAAACUGUGCCGUAGUGCGCUCAGCACCGAGCAAGCCCACUGAGGGUGAAACCCACCCCCACCCCUGUCUUAGGUCGAUCAGUCAGUCAGUCAGCCUGCCUGCCAUAUUUGGAGUCCCUGUUUUCUUCUGGACUGUUCAAACAGAAAAGGUAACUAAUACCUCCAUCUCCUUUUGCGCUUAUUAAUAUGUAAAUUUUAGUUUUAGUGUUUUAACUGGCAUGGAUUAUAGAAUUUGGAGUUUAUUUUUGAAGAAAAUGCACAAACUAACUUUGACAUAACUCAUCACCCUUUAUUUUAUUAAAAUGUAUGAUUAACUUAACUGGAGAAAGGUGAAGAUUCCCUUUGGGAGUGCGUUGUCAUAACAUUUAGAGAGAUUUCCCUUCAUUUAAGCUAAAUGACUGUUCUGUGUUGAUCUCCUUUUUUUCUGUAUAUUUGUCACAGAAGUGCUUGCAUCUUCUUGGGUGUAUUGGAACAAUAAACUUUGAGUUGUAAACCAUA